AUGGCCAUGGCACCCAGAGCGCUGCUCCUCCUGGCCGUCGGGCUCGUGAUUGCGGCCUCGGCGAGCGCCCACGGCGGCUACGAGGGGUCGUGCCCCAAGGACGGGCUGAAGCUGAAGGCGUGCGCGAACGUGCUGGGCCUGCUCAAGCUCAAGGUGAACGUGCCGCGCGAUGAGACUUGCUGCUCGCUCCUCGACGGGCUCGUCGGCCUGGACGCAGCGCUCUGCCUCUGCACAAACAUCGACGCCAAUGUGCUCGGCGUCAACCUCCACCUCCCCGUCAACCUCCGCCUCGUCCUCAACAACUGCGGCAAGGUCUGCCCCACCGAUUUCCGGUGCCCACCAAGCCACUGA